AUGGAUAUCAAGGUUGUUGAACUUAGAAAUAAUGAGCGGAGCACUUUGCUCGACGCUAUUGAGCAUCUCGAAGCUGUUGCCUUUGUUCCGGUGAAACAGAGAUACACCGAUGCUGGUCAGUUGGCUAAAACAAUUGCAUCGGACGCGUAUGAGAAUGGCAUUCCACAAGAUGCGCUGGGCCGUUUGCUGAAGAUCUUAACAACAAAAACAAAUUUGGACCAGGGAACGACGACCACUUUAAUCAACAACUUAUACUCUGCCGAGAGAGUCAUUUCCAAACAUGUCACCCAAGUUGUUUGCUGUUUAGGGCCCAGCAAGUCUAAGCCCACCCCAGCGACGCAGUCCUUGCUGGUCCGAUGGCUUAUCCUCACUUAUGAGCAUUUUGAGGAUAAGAGUCAUCUUGGGAAGCUAUAUGCAGUACUUUUCAAUCAUCUCGAUAUGAUAAGUUUGCGUAGGCCUCUAUGUCAUCUUCUUUCUCUGAUCACGAGACGCAAACACGUCAAGCCCUUCCGGAUACAGGCUUUGAUGGAGCUGAUUCAGAAUGCUGGCGGUGAGGAAAAGGAGCUUGUCAUACUUCUUAAGAUUUUCAAGAACUACUACCCCGAAAUCAUCAUUGGAGACGUAGGCGGCUCAAGGAGGGCUGCCUUGUUCUUCAAACACCCUGACUCUGAAUGGGUCGCCCAUACGAAGGCGUUGCAGACCGCAAAUCUUGCGAGAGCGGAAGCUCUCAAGAGUUCAAACUUCCAAGUUGUUCACCGAGGCGCCGUAAAAAGAAGCAGAAUUGAAGUGGUCAUUCCUGUAAUGCAAACCUCACGCGUGUCGAACAAACAUACGUCGCUUGAAGAACUUCGGGAUCUUGACCAUUUUGUCAACAAGGUCGACGUGAUUGAGUUACCUAACCAGAUCAUCUCAACGCUUGGCGAUAGUAUGGGCCAAAAAUAUCUUCAUCUGGCCCAGUCGGAAGUUGCAAACAAUCGACUCGAUGAGUGGCUAAGAAAUUUCCUGGAUGAUAAGAUGGAGCAAAUCCAAGAAGAAGAUAGUGAUGAUUCGGAUAUGUUGUCUUAUGUUUUGGACUUCGUGGAAGGUUAUGCUGCAUACACCAAGCAACUAUUGCCUUCUGUUCGGUCGUUUUUAGAGUUAUAUCUCAAGACUUGGAAUGGGCAAGACAAUCAAGAACAAGUACUUCGACUACUGCGAUUCAUAUCGAUUGAGCCUUUCAAUUCACUCAAUACCAAGAUCCUGUCUCCAUUGGAGUCUACUAUGUUAGAUGGCUCUCUCGUCUCUAGGACCGAGCUACUUGACUUUUACUCAUCAUUGAUUGUGGAAUGGGGUAUCAAACUUCGAACACAACCAUCCGUUUCGGAAGAAUCGAUUCCUUUCACUGAAUUAAUAAAACACGCCGAGCUUUUAGCGUUCUCAAUCCAAGAGUUCAUUUCAACCUCGAAUGAUGAUCCGCUCCAAUCCAAACCAGGCAUCUCCCCCGUGUUGCGAUUCUACCAAUGUGUCACAGAUGUCUUUUCUUAUGCAUCCGAGAAUGCCCAUAUUCGAAUUAUGGUCCCCCCUGCUGUAUCGAUAUACGAAAUUGCAUUUAGCACCAGUGUUUCCACAAUUUCAAUCCUCAGCUCCAUAAUGGCCGGCUACAAGUCAGCAUUCGAAGCAUCUCUUGCAUCUAAGAUUGUCAAAGCCCCCAGCCCUCCCGAACCACUCUACGACCCCGAAUUAGUGGGCCAGUUCAAUGGAUAUGUCAUGGACAUAUGCAAUUUAAUAUGGCGCAAUCGCGCUCUUAAUAGGGAAGAUCCUAAUGCACAGGCCUUUUUCAUUCCACUGACUAGCGUUUCAGCUUUCACCAACUAUGUUCGCGACAUCAACGAAGCGGCUAGGCAUUAUGAUCGUGAAAGCGCUUUUCACUGUACCCUUUCUUCAUUAUUCUCUCUUAGCCACCACACAGCCUUUUGCAAUCUUUCAGCGGCUUGCUUUGCGGAGUUGGAGGAAGAGCAAGAAAUCGCUGAACAUCAACCCAGGUUGAGAAAGCCAGUGACUCCAAAGUCUUUGCAGGCACUUGAAAAGAAUGGAGGGGCCAAGAUGACUUGGCAGGAGUACCGAAUAGUUUUUCUAGAGUGGCUUGAUGCUAUCGGUAGCCGGGGCACAAGCGACCUGAUGAGGAGCACUAUGAAAGCCUUGAGGGGUUAA